AUGCCUGUGAAAAGCUUACAGCUCACCUUACCACCAGGCUGGGAAGGGAAUGCUUCAUUUGUACUGACUACAUGGGAUACUGAAGGGAAGGCACAUGCUCUGCAGAAUGACUCUGGCUGUGGGCUCUUGGUAUCUGGGACUCCAGAAGGCUCCAGGAAAAUAUCGGUCUCUUAUGCAGGCUGUUAUGUCUUUGAGGGGGAUCACAAUUACCUUAUACUGGUUGGGCUUGAAGGAAUAGAUGCUGCUAGGCAAAAGGUUCUUCAUGAAGAGACUCUGCUCAGGUGCCCUAUGGACCUUCCUGCCCUGGAUGCUCCAAGCAGCAGUGUCUGUCUGGCUGUUCCCAGCCAGGACUGGCUGCCCUGUGCCUCCCUGCCCAUCAGCCAGGGAGACUGUGGACCAGGCUGCUGCUAUGACCCCAGAGACAGGAUGAAGCCUUGCUACUUUGGUAACACAGUGACAGCUCAUUGCACACCAGAUGGCCAGUUUUCCAUUGCUGUUUCUCAGGAUGUCACCCUGCCACCUGUUGCCCUGGGCUCAGUGCAACUGGCCAGUGGACACAGUACUGGCUGUGUCCCUGUCCUAACAAACAAUGCCUUUGUUGUGUACCAGUUUCCACUCUCUGCCUGUGGCACUACAUUUCAGGUAAGAGCUGCAGCUGCCAAAUAUGGGAAUGAGUUGGUGGCAAGCAGGGAUGUGAAGAGUGGGAGCCUUGGCUCUGUCACUAGGGAUAGCAUUUUCAGGCUGUAUAUCCGAUGUACUUAUUUCAUCAGUGGGAGCUCCAUUCCCUUGAGUGCUCAGGUCUUCAUUGUGGCUGUGUCCCAGCCAGCUCCUCUGUCUUUGGAGCUGCAUGUUGCCUCACAUUCACCUUUGUGGAUUCUACUUCCCAUGAGAAACUCUCUGGACUGGACCAGGCCCAUGGUGUACCUGCACUGCAGUGCUUCCGUGUGCCACCAGUCUGUAAAGGAGUCCUGCAUCCCCUCUUGUCCUUCCAGAGUCAGGGGUAAAAGGAGUGCUGAGCCUCCUUUUCAGGAAGGUCCUUCCCAUGUCUCCAGCAAAGGCCCUGUGAUUUUCCUCCAGCAUGAGCUAAGACAGGAUGCAGCCAAGGAUGGCCUUGCAGCUGUGCAUGCUGCAGCCCCCUGGGCUCUGGGAUUUGCUGCUGUGGCAACUGGGACAGCUCUGUGUGUGGUGCUUGUGGUUUCUGUGCUGUGGCAAAGGAAGGUGUCAGCCAUGCAUGAAAUCAAUAGAUUGCAAUAA